CGUUUAGGUUGUACGCAAAGUGCUGCAGAUUUUAUACACUUUUUGAUUUAAUGACCUUUCUGCUGAGGGACUGAAGGACUACAACGGUCAUGUUGUCAGCAGAAGCUGGAUGUGUGUUUGUGGGAUUUAUCCUGUAUAUCUCAGGGGCUCAGGGACGAGAAAACAGCAUCUGUGCCUUAAAAGGUACAUCAGUGUAUCUAAACUGCUCAGCUAAACGUGGCACUUCAAGCAACAAAUGGUACACUGUGCGCUGGAAUGACUUCGCGUAUACACAGAAUGAACUCUCUGGAGAUGGAUAUAGUGUAUCAUACAACAUGUCUGAAAAAAGACCAACUUUAAAAAUCAAUGAUGUGAGAGAGAGUGAUGCAAACAAAUACUGCUGCAGAGAGACGGCUGACAACCCACAACUCUGCUGGCGCAACAGCACUGGGCUCCGUGUUACAGACCUGCAGGUGAAGGUGAUUCCCACCACAGAGGGACAGACAGUCACACUGAUAUGCAGCACCAGCUGUCCUCUGACUGAAAACCCUGCAGCCUACAUCUGGUACAAGAACAGAGAGUUCCUCUAUCAGGACUGGUCUCCCUGGUACCACCAGCUGGUCAGCAGUGAGGAAGCAGUCACAUACUCCUGUGCUAUCAAAGGCUACGAGCAUCUCAGAGCUCCUAAAGUCUCAGUGGAUUCUGUCACAUCGACCUGCUUUACUGUGACCUAUGCUGGAGGGAGGAUGUGUUCUGAUAGGCAGACACCCUGCUCCAUCACAUAUCCCAGAGAAGUAAAAGUUCAAAGGAAUUCUACAUCUGCAACCUGUACCACCAGCUGUCCUGUGACCAACUCUAAACCUGCCGAUAGGUUGAACCAGAAGACAAAAUCACACUCUGAGAGUCAACAGCAGAGAGAGUCCAGCUCUGCUCAAAGCUUCUACUGUGCUGUGAAAGACCUCGAGGAUCUGCUGUCUGAAUUCUGUACUGAAGAUAAUAACUGCACGAGUGUGAAUUAUGUCACAAGGAGAAUCUGUGCUCUGCCAGGCUCUUCAGUGAACAUUACAAGCCUGAGAGUGAGGGUGCAUCCUGCAGAGGUGACAGAGGGCCAAAAUGUCACUCUGAGCUGCAUUACCAGCUGUCCUCUGCCUCACAACACAACCUACAUCUGGUACCUGAACAGUCGACCCCUGACCAAGCCAAGAAAGCACAACAAGACACUGAUACUCCGUUCAGUCAGCAGUCGGCAGGCAGGAAGCUACUCCUGUGCUGUUGAAGGUGGCAUUACAUCUGGUGAAAAAACUCUCACUGUCCAAAAUGUUACACAGAAACAAACACCAGCAGCAGCAGCAGCAGCAGCAGCAGCAGCAACCGCCACACGAGUCUGUAUUGUUCUCCUGGUUACCAUACUUCUUGUUGUUAUCUUCCUUUGGAUUAGAAAGAAGAGGAUUUCAGGUCAGUCUCCUGAAACUCAAGCAAUGGACAACACAGAGCAGCUAAACCCUGGUCAUGAGUAUAAAAACAUGUCAGCUCAACCAACAGAGCAGGAGGAGCUUCACUGCAGCAGAGUCCACUUCUCUAUGACCCAGCCAGAAACUCUUGACCUCCCCAUCCAACCACAUCAGCCCGAACAACAGGAGCAUGUUGCUCAUGCUACUGUCAACUUCAGUUCCAACACGGCCUCUGAGUGAGCAUCUCUUUACAUAACUGAUUCAGGAUCUACUCAGUGGCCUUACUCAUCUUGAUCAGUGGCACAAUUUUCAACAACCUGACUUUCACAGUUCAAGCCCUCUAGUCUCCACCAAUAUUUCACUUCACUCCAUGUCUCACAGAAUUCCCCAAAAGUCUCAAACACAUAUAACACUGUAAGAAAGAUUUAUAAACAGAUUCAUGAUGUAAAGGUGAAAAGGCAGCAGAUUAUGUUCU